UCCGCUACAUAUCCCAAUAAGAUAAAGAAUUAUACAUACAUAAAUCGACAAGCUCUAAAGCUCGAAAAGUUCAAGACCAAAUGCUUCAUUCCUCCAUAAAUCCACCAAUUUCCUCGUUCUCAUUUUCCGAUUAAAUGUAAAAUUCGGUCCAGGGCACUCGACCCUGGAAGCCAUCAAUCGAAAUGGCUACGACGGAUAUGUGUCCGAUGAAACCUGAACCGACUUUGUCGUUCACCCAAGGGCUCAUCGUCGGCCAGAUCUCCGUCGUGCUCCUCAUCGCGGCGUUCAUCAAGUUUUUCAUAUUCGGCGAUGCCCCCUCUCCCGAAGUGACCGCCACCAUCCGGGCGGCCGAGCGUCGAUCACGCACCCUCGCUCACCGGCAAUCUCUCCUCACCCUGCGAAGCACCACACCGAAUGCUACGACGAGGCUGGGUCAGCCGACGUUAAAUAAGAAAAAGUCGAGCAUCCUACGAAGCCCUCCCACGCUAACCAUCGGUUCCAUCCUCAACAAGACGUACUACAACGUCGACAGCCACCAGCCCGAGUCGCUGGACUGGUUCAACGUGCUGAUCGCGCAGACCAUCGCCCAAUUCCGCAGCGACGCCCAGCAGGACGACGCCAUCCUGACCUCCCUCACCAAAGCCCUGAACGGGACCUCGCGCCCGGACUUCCUCGACGAGAUCAAGGUCACCGAGCUGACCCUGGGCGAGGACUUCCCCAUAUUUAGCAAUUGCCGCAUCAUCCCCGUCGACGAGGACGGGCUGAGCCUGAACACGGGGCCGCACGGGGAGAAGCGUUUCGACGCCAACAGCUCGCGGGCCAAGCGCGAAGGGUCGCGGCUGCAAGCCCGGAUGGACGUCGACCUAAGCGACAUGAUCACCCUGGCCCUCGAGACCAAGAUCCUGCUAAACUACCCGAAACGGCUGACCGCCGUGCUGCCCGUCGCGCUCGCCGUGUCGGUCGUGCGGUUCAGCGGCACGCUCAGCAUAUCCUUCAUCCCGUCGAACCCGUCGCAGUCCACCCCCACAAUGAUGACGUUCAGCUUCCUCGACGAUUAUAGGUUGGACUUCUCGGUGCGCAGCCUGGUGGGCAGCCGGUCGCGGCUGCAGGACGUGCCCAAGAUCGCGCAGCUGGUCGAGUCGCGCCUGCACCGCUGGUUCGACGAGCGCGCCGUCGAGCCCCGCUUCCAGGAGAUCGCGCUCCCGAGCCUGUGGCCGCGCAAGCGUAACACGCGCGGCGGCGACGAGGCUCUCGACGUCGCCCACGGCACUACCGCCGCCUCCUCCGUGUCCAGCGGCAGCGCGGGUAAAGGCAAGGGCCGCGAGAUCGCGCGCGAGCUCAAAGAGGAGGCGAGGAAGGAGGUCCGCGCCGAGGCCGCCGCGGGCCAGAGGAGGGAUCUCAGGGACUUGGAUAGAGAGAUCAGUCCGCCGGAGAACCUAAGGUACAGGCGCGCGAGAGGCCAGCGCGACGGCUCCGGCAUCAGCGAGUUUAGCAUGCCGGGGAGUUUGCCGGGGAUGGGGAUGGCGCUUGAUUUACCGCCUUGACGAAAGGGGAAAUGUGGAGAUGUUUUGAGUCAGUUUAUGAAAAUGGGAAGUAAUGUUAUGAGAUGAGAUGGAAGUGAUUUUACGAGAUGGACGACGUUUAUUCAAAGUUACCAAAUACCCCCGAGGCCAUCGAUUCGCCUCAUAAGAGAGAAUACCGGGCUUGUCGCUGAAGCCAUGGAGAGAGAAAGCAAGUAAGGGGAAGGAGGACGUGCAUAGCGUCCCACGGUGAUUCCUGCCACCUCAUAAUACGUAGGUAUUUAUGAGAAGCAAAAGCGUGCAGGUCAAGUGCUGGAUCAAGGGAGUCGAGUCAUCGAGCACUUUGUACAAUUGGUCAUAUGCGGUACGAACAGAACGCAGACCGCACAUCUCCACGGUUGGGUUAUGUAUAAAUUGUAGACUAUCAAUGUAGCCAAUACAUAUGUACUAGAACAGGCCCGAUAAUAGGCAGAGAUAUCACCACUAAUACAAUAUUACCAAAUCA